CCACCAAACAGCCGGCAGAGCUCUGCCUGUCGCGGCCUGUCGCCGCGCCAUACCCGAUGCCGCAUUGGGCCCUGAUUGACGCGCCCCUCAUAUCACACGGCAAGGGUCAGGGCCAGGGCCAGUUUUUUCUCAAGCCGCUUGCCAUGUGCCCUUGCCAGCCGUCGGUAUAUAUGGCCGGGAGGGUCUUUGUAAGCCCCUUGCGCUGCUCGCCUUCUACGAGGAAUCUUCAUUCCGUCUGCCAAUCAAGCACCUCCAUCCCUAGCUUCGGCUGACUGGCCCGGGCCUCACUCUUGCAAGUCGCAAGCGUCCUCCCAACCUGCAAGCCAGCCAGGUCUGCUUACGACCGCCCCGCGAUUGUUUGCUCCGCCUUUCCGCCGCCAUUCUCGCUGUGCCGUCUAGCAACUAGACUUGGCCUGUAAUCACAAUGGCGUGCAGGCCAGGAGAGGAGAACGUGGCGACACUGUUCGGUGACGUACACUAUUUCUACGGCGCGCCGACUGAGGACCCGCCCCAUCAUCGGUUUGAGAAGGGGUCUUAUGUCUAUCUGUUCGAGAACGCGGCCGAGGGGCGGGCGCGAAUUGAGAUAGCAAACCGUCCUGGAACCGACGAUUUGGACGCCUUUGAUGGCUUCCUGGACAGCACAAACGUGCGGUACUCAUACAAGCAACAAUGCGUCGUCGGCAUCACGGUCGGCCAGGUGUCCGACAUGGAGCAGUGGCAUCUCCCAUGGUUCGACCCGCGCAACGAAACAAAGUAUCACUACAAGCUCCACUCGCUCGACAUCUACUUUUGGACCCCCCAGGAUGCCUUGCAGUUCGUCAACGGCAUCCGCCGCGUUUUGCCCCCGGCUCAGGUCGACGUCCAGGACGAGCCCGGGCCCCCGCCCCGCCAGCAGCUCCCCCAGGCCCACGACGCCAGCGGCCUGGUCCAGAAGCUCGAAAGCGCCGCAAUCUCGUCUGAGAAGGCCCCUGAGCGCGCCAGCAGUGGCUCCGGCGGUGCCCCGUCCUUUGCCGCCCCGCCCCUUUCUGCCGUGUCAGCGGGUGCGACCGAGAACGCCGGCUCACCACUCCCCCCGCCGCCUCCCCCGCCACAGUCCUUUGCUCCGAUGGCAUAUAAUCCCGCCGCCCCGGCCGCGCCCGAGGCCAUCAAGCACCGCGAGAAGACACCGCCUCCACCCGACGGUGGCAUCCACCCGCUGCAUCAGACUAUAGCCUACGACGCCUCAACCCCAUUCUCACCCGGGCUUGCGCCGAGCGGAAUGGCGGGGCCCCUCAGCCCGGCAAUCCCGCCUCCCCAGUAUGGCCACGUCCCUGGGGCGCCCACAUUCCCCGGCCCCCCUUCGAUGCCGCCCCCGCCCCCGGGUGUAGCCAGCCCGGGCCUGCCCCCAGUCGGCUUCGGCAGCCACCCAGGCCUGGCUCGCGCGCAAACUCUGCCCGUCGCCAGCAGCCCGUAUGGCGCCACCUUUCCGGGCAGCCCCGGGUUCGCGCCGCCACAGCCCUUUCCGGGCCUCCAGCAGCAACAGCCGCAGCAUCAGCAGAACCCAACUCCUCCUGCCGCCCCAGGAACUCCCGGGUUGCCGCCGCCGCCGCCGGCCCAGGCCCAGACGGCACCUCCUGUCACAGGUGGCGGGGCCCUGGGUAUGACCGCCAUGGAUUACUCGAUCCACCAGCAGGCGUACCGCCCCGACGACGGCGAGAUGGAGCACAGGUACAAGCAGAAGUCGGAUCGGGAGACGAGGAAGCUCGAGAGCAACGCCUACAAGCUCGAGAAGGGCGUCACCAGCAUGUUCAAGAAGUUUGAGAAGAAGUUCGGCUGAUUCAUCCCGGCAAUCUACGGCCGGUGCUCUGUAUAUCCCUAUUUGCUGUUUGGAGCCGCUGGUCUCUCGCGUAGACUUCUGGAAAGAGCCACCCGGGUUUUUGGAAUGAAGGGAGUAAACAAGUAAAAACGGAAGGACCAAGCGGGGUGAUAGCAGAGGAGGUUAAAACAGUGAGGUUGGUGACAAUGAGUACCAUACUAAGUUGUACUCGAGCAUGUAGUUCCCUAAGUGUACACUAGGUCACUAUACUCUGGUCGAGCCGUGGACCCCGCCGGGAAGAUGGCCUUGUACUUGGAAGCGCUUCACUGCCAACAAACCCAAACUGACGAGAACAAAAGUACGAGAUUAUGAUCAAAUAACUCGAACCAGGAAGUUCUGGGGAACAACGACUGCCGGUCCAAUAUAAACGUAAAACAGGAGAACCGCAUGAGAUGCAACCCCGCCUGCCGUUUGCGCCUGGUGAUGCAUGUAACAAAGAACAGUGGCGUAAAGGGGUACCUGGGCAGGCACCUAGAUGUGUGACAGACAUGAUACAAAAGUGAGAAAGAAAAAAGAGUAACCGAGGAC